AUGAACGGCACAAACGGCACAACCAAUGGCGAGGUCCAACUCCCCUCGGCCAAACCAUACCAAGUCUCGAAAGACAUCACCGUCCAGCCGCCACUGACACGACGUGGCAACGGCCCAGCGCUGAUUCUCCUCGUCCCCGAGGGCUUGGAUCUGAGUGGCCACGAAAAGACACUCGAUCCGCCACCGCUUCAGAAGUGGGCGGAGGAAGGCUUCGCCGUCGCGCAAAUUGCGGUAUCCGAGCAGCAUUCCAAUUUCCAGGAGCAGUUGAACGAGGCUCUCGCCGCAUUGGAGAAGUUGGCCGAAUGCGACUCGACGGAGAAGACGGGCGUCAUCGCCAUCAACACCAAAGACUCGUCUCACAUCUCAAAAGCUAUCGACGCCACCGACAAAAUCGUAGCAGUCAUCACCUACGGCAGCAGCACCCUGCAAACCACAAAACCGCAACUGAGCCACCUCGCCGGCACAGCAUCCAAAGCCGCAGCCAACAGCACCAAAUCCUUCCACUACCCUGAUGUGGGAAGCUACUUCACCAUCCCCUCCCACGACGACUUCAAAUCCUCCCCGGCGGCCGUAAGCCACACGCGCUGCCUCGCGUUCCUCAAACCCCUCACCAACGGGCCCUACUUCGACCUCGAGGCCAUCUGGGACGAGCACUGCAUGUUCGAGUUCGGGGAGCGGGCGGUGGAGAAGACGAUGGGCACGAUGGUGCAGGAGCCGUACGUCAACCACAUCCCGACGCUGACGGGCGGCAUUGGGCGGGCGAAGUUGACGCAUUUCUACGCGAAUCACUUCAUCUUUAAUAAUCCUGACGACACCGCUUUGGAUCUGGUCAGUCGGACGGUGGGAGUUGAUCGCGUGAUUGACGAGUUUAUCUUUUCGUUUACGCAUGAUAAGAUGAUUGAUUGGCUUGCCCCUGGCAUCCCACCAACAGGCAAGAAAUGCGACCUCCCCUUCACAAGCGUCGUCAACAUUCGAGGCGAUCGGCUGUACCACGAGCACAUUGGAUGGGAUGGAGCGACCAUGUUGCGACAGAUGGGCUUACUUCCAGACUACCUUCCCUUCCCGUACGCCGUCGACGGGAAGAACCCGGCGCCAGGCAAGGCGUUCGAGUACAAGGUGCCGACCAUGGGAGUGGAGACGAGUCGAAAAUUGGUGGACGAGAGAUCGGUGGAGUCGAAUGGACUGUUUGCGUUUGCGGUGCGGGAAGUGGAUCAGUGA